AUGGGAAAUGCAUCCACUCGACCAUGCAUCAAGCCACUCCCGCACUUUCAGGGGAUCGCUGUCAUUGAUGAGAAUCCAUAUGAAGAGAGUGGAAAAAACUGGUAUAUUCCACAGAACAACUUUUUCCGCUCAGUUUCGCAUAUGAUCAUCGACCUUACUGACAUGCCAACUGAGCAAGGCACUGGCAUGUAA